GACGGGCGUCACCGGCGCCUUGCGCCACCCUCCUUCGUCAGGGCUUCACCGCCCGGCGUGGUGACGUUUACGCUCAAACAUCCCCCAUUGCUUGCGACGGCGGUGGGCGAGGGCCGCCUCGUCCGGCGGUGGGAUGACAAAGCGCGGCUCGGACGCCGUCACGUGGAAAACAAGUGGCGAGCUGCAGAUCCCUCAGCGCAGAUGAACGGCCCCCCGGUCUUGUCGCACCACCACAUGAUGGGCGCUGGCCCGCAGCACCACGGCCUGCACCAUGAGCUCCCCCACCACGGCAUCUCCUCCUCCUCGUCGCCCAUGGGCGGCGGAGGCCUCUCCCCGCCCGCGCUCAACGGCAUGUGCUCGCCGUACCCGGUCAUCUCCUCCUCCACCGUGGGGCCCAACCUGCACACGCCGCCGUCCUCCCAGCACGGCGUGUCCUACAUGGGCGGCCCGCAGAUGAACUCGAGCAUGAACAUGGGCAGCGUGAGCAGCUCUGAGGACGUGAAGCCGCCCCUGGGUCUGCAUGGGAACAUCCGCCUGGGAUCCCCGCUGCCCUUCCCCAACCCGCUCUGCCUCCCCAAACACAUCUGCGCCAUCUGCGGCGACCGCUCCUCCGGCAAGCACUACGGCGUGUACAGCUGCGAGGGCUGCAAGGGCUUCUUCAAGCGCACGGUGCGCAAGGACCUCACCUACACGUGUCGCGACACCAAGGGCUGCAUCGUGGACAAGCGGCAGCGCAACCGCUGCCAGUACUGCCGCUACCAGAAGUGCCUCAACACCGGCAUGAAGCGCGAAGCCGUGCAGGAGGAGCGCCAGCGGGGUAGGGAGCGCGAGGACUGCGACAGCGAGGGCGGCGUCCCGCUCGAGGACAUGCCGGUCGACAAGAUCCUGGAGGCCGAGCUCGCCGUGGAGCCCAAGACUGAGGGCGGCUGCGAGCCCGGCGGCGGCGGUGGCGGCGGCGGCGGCAGGAGCCGUACCGCCUCCCCCGGCACCUCGCCGAACGACCCUGUCACGAACAUUUGCCAAGCGGCCGACAAGCAGCUCUUCACGCUCGUCGAGUGGUCCAAGAGGGUGCCGCACUUCUCUGAGCUCCCCCUCGACGACCAAGUGAUCCUGCUGAGAGCCGGGUGGAACGAGCUGCUGAUCGCGUCGUUCUCGCACCGCUCGAUCGGCGUCUCCGACGGGAUCCUGUUGGCCACGGGGCUGCACGUCCACCGCAGCAGUGCCCACAGCGCCGGCGUCGGCUCCAUCUUCGACCGGGUCCUCACGGAGCUCGUCUCCAAGAUGCGGGACAUGAAUAUGGACAAGGCCGAGCUGGGCUGCCUGCGUGCCAUCGUCCUCUUCAACCCCGACGCAAAGGGGCUGUCGAGCCCCAGUGACGUGGAGGCACUCCGGGAGAAAGUCUACGCAUCGCUGGAGUCCUACUGCAAGCAGAAAUACCCCGAUCAGCCCGGCAGGUUCGCGAAGCUCUUGCUGCGCCUGCCCGCCCUGCGUUCCAUCGGCCUCAAGUGCCUGGAACACUUGUUUUUCUUCAAGCUCAUCGGCGACACUCCCAUAGACACCUUCCUCAUGGAAAUGCUGGAGGCCCCCCAUCAGAUGACUUGAGAUUGGGGGGGGGGGGGUUGUCAGGCGGGUGGGCGGGGUGGAUGGGUGGUUGGGGGGGUCGGAGAUGCCUCUUCGGAGUUUUCAAACAUUUUAUCAAAUUCGCACGUCCGGAGAAAAAUCUCGUGGGACUUUAUGCAAAAACUCCCGCUCGGCUCGGAGGCGGAGGAGGGAGCGGGUUCCACACGUGGCAGCGUGAAGCUUUUCACACGACGAGCUGCAGCUGAAAAUUGAUUUCCUUCGUAAAAAGAAAAUAAAACCCUUUGAUUUUGUUGUGAAUUUGAGGCCGUCAAAAAUUAUCGCGGCCUUGUGUUUUAUAGCCUCUACCGCUGCCAAACGCAGAUCCUCUCCGUACGUUUCAAGCUUCGAGGGGCCGCUUACCUUCUGCUUUGCAAACGAGACCGGGGAAGAUCUGUUAAAACAUUUUAGAAAUUACAACUUAAUCGUCGGCCAAACAGCUGCUUCAAGACUCGUGCGCGCAAGUUGAGAAGACGUUCGAGACGUGGCGUCGAUCCUCGUACAGGAUUAAAAUCGCGUUGUCGUUGUGAGAGCAAUGAUCAUUUUUUGGUGAGCAUUGUUUCGGAAGAAACUUUAAUUAGUUUGCCACUAAUUUCUCUGCAUAUUUAAAAUUGGAAUGUAUUUGCAAUUUUAUUUAAAAACUAAUUUUAUCACAGGUGUGCAAUUUCCAUCAAGGCGCAGACAGCAAAAACAUUUCCUUUUGUUGUGGAACUCCGCCACAGACGGCACAGCCACACGACAGCCGAGAUCUGUACGGGGCCUAUCCUCCCCAGCCACGGGGCCACAUCCCCUUCAGCCGGAUCUCACGAGAGUUCUCGUUUUCGACGAACAAGCGCGUGGACGUGGGUUUAACAGCGUUAAGUGCAAACAAAACAAAUUCAUCUUAUUGAUAAAAUUAUGUUGAGUACGGAAAAAGAAGACAACCUCCUUCAUCGCAAAACACUGAUGAAGUGCGUAAAUGUUGGUCCUUAAAAUAGACAGCUGCCGAUUGGCCCCUGCGACCUGGCCUAGCUGGCCACAAGGAGAGCAGAAUUCGCGUCGUGAAAUUGCCGAGCGUGCACCGAGUACCUUCGCUUCAACAUCGCUUGCUCCCAGCAUGCAACCGCGUGUUGUGGAGGACUCGUAGUGCCGGCUCCCCCAGCAUGCAGUGCGUUGAGCGACGCAGCUGUAAUCAAACAGAAGCCAGGCUUGCGCUGAUGUCCUUUUAAAUUUUGUAACUUUCACUUGUUAAUGUUUUUUGUUGUUGCUGCAAUUAACGACGCUUCAAACUCAGGCCAAACAGCCCAUGACACGGUACAUUGCGAGUUGCCUACGUGGUCGGAGGCGGCUGUGUUCGUUUGUUGGGGCUCCGUCAUGAUGACUUGCAGGAACAGAUUUAGUCGGUGAAUGCUUGAACUGAAAUUUGAGAUUGUUGGCAUUUUCAAACUCAAUAUAUCAGAAUGUAACAUUGCCAAGUUGUGGCGUUUGGAAAGAUCUAAUCAUUUUUUUUCCAGAGAAAGAAAAUGACAUUUUUAGGAUUUUUUGAUAAUAGUUCCGUCCUCGCAAAAUGAAAAGCUUUUAGAAGGAUUAAUAAAACAUGCAAUUUAUACAUAGUAUGUACACAUACAUUGAAUGCAAAACAACUUUAAUAAAUUAUAAUCAUCCGUUAUUUAUCCAGGAAAGCCACACUCUUGAGUGCCAAGACUCUGGUCUCGAGGGAGCGGUCCUGCGUUGGGAAGUUCGUUCGGUCUACUCCACGUUUUGAGGAGGAGUUUCCUCCCCGCGCGUGGGGAAAGACGCCGGGGAGAAUUUCCUCGACAGAGGAUGGCCAGGAAUCAACGGGCACCUUGCGUAUACUCUGUGGGGUUUCCUCAGCAAGGCACUUUCUCUUGAAGGAAAAAAACUUUAAAGCAUAAGCAUCUAUUUCUUGUUGUUGUUGUUGUUGUUAAAAGACGGACCUGUACAAACUGUGUUACUGCCUGUGGUCGCGGAAACGACCGUCGAGGUUUUGAAUACCAAUUUUUUUGGUGAUUGUUGCAUGAACUAUGGGAUAAUGCAGAUUAUUGAUAUAACGUUUAAAUUAUCUCUGUCGGUUAAUCCACAUUUGUAAUGCACAUUUACAGGAAUUUAAAAGCCAUCACUGAUAAUGGGAUGAUGUAAUACUUAUAUAAAUAAUUAAAUCCCUAUCAUUAGUACGCUAGAGACACCAAACUGGGUAGAACCCGUGCAGUUACGCACAUACACAUCAUGCAUUAGUAUUAUUAUGAUUGUUAUACGUGUGUGUGUGUAUUUGAGCACAAAAUAUGCAUUAAGAUAAAAAAAAAAGCCUGGAAUAUGUUUGCCGUAAACGCCUGUGGACGUCUCGUAACGUGGCAAAAGCUCCACAGCACAUUAAUGAGAGCCAUCUGCAUAGACACUCGUUUAUUUAACCGUGCAAGGCCGUGUCAGAUUUGUUAUCCGUGUUUGAGAAAUGCAGCCCUAGCGGGAGAAAUGUAUCCCAGCUGGAAUUGAGUGUCCGAGUGGGGUUGGUGGCGUGGUGAUUUUUUUUACGCUUUAUCGGUCACGCUCGAUCUAACCCUGUGAGCCGCACGUGCUUUGUAACCCGAACGCCACCACCAGCACCACAGCCGAUGUCGCACGUCAUCACGCCGGCAUAGCCAAGCAGGUACCAAUCCCGACAGAAAUUACCGGCGGCCGUCGCCAGGAGCCAAACUUCGUGUUUCAGCGGUAAGAGGAGAGGCGCCUCUCCUGGCUCGCGAUGUCACAGCUACGACGAGGCGACCGAGCAGAGCCAAGCGGCUGUGUUUCCCAGGCUAUCUGACAUGAGUUCAGCUCUUUGAAAUGUGACAAGAAAGGGCUUUUCGAGCGCGUGGGUCGUGCGUGCGCCACUGACACCACUGCACGUGACGCGCGACCGCUUCGCCAACUCGAGAGUGUGCCUGGAAGUCGAUUUUCAGUUUUUAUUUGAACAGCGUUCAAAACUUGUACCUGACAGCUUGCGAUACACAGCGUUCUGGUGCACGUUUUGCGAGAUUUGUAUUCGGAGGGUUGCGCGUGUGUUUUUUUGUGAUAAAAACGUAAGUGAGCGACGGUGAGAGCUUUUGCCGGGUUGUGAACACCCUCUGCAGCUCGCACGGCCGAGUCCGCGUGGGCUCCAGUGCCUCAGACAUCAAGAGAAGACAAUCCGGAAUGGCCGACCAUUGUUUUUGUUGUUGCUACAGAGUGUCAAGAGUCAACAUGGGGAAGGGGGUGGGGGAACUAAAAACAACUUUUUGCAAGGAACAGGGUACCUGUGUGUCUCAGAUUUUCAUAAAGCGUGGAGAUGGGGGGGGGGGGGGUUUUACGCAUUGAAUUGUCGCUGCUCGUUUUACUCGGCUGUUCAUGGGAAUGGUCCGGGCUCAUUAAUGUGAUGAGGUGAGAUUGUUGACAACUUAAAACGUCGUUCUUAGAGUUUGUGAACGCCAAUCAGAUUUUUACCGGUAAGCUUUCGUUGGUUUUUAUUCACUUAAAUGUCACCUGGAAGUAAAACAAAUCAAUUGCUCUCGAAGGUGUCAAGACAUGUCAAGUGAUGAUUUGUUUUUCAAUUACCUUUCGCAGCUUGUGUUCAACUUUUACCUCAGUAAAAGCCAUCGGGGGGGGGGGGGGGGGGAUGCGUCUGAAACAAUGUGUUUGAGGUUCAACGACGGAACGAGAGAUGCAAUUUUUAAGAAUAAAAGGUGUAAAAAUGAUGGUCUCGGUAUGAAGACGACGACCAGGAAACAGCAUUUGGUAACGCUCGCGUCUAAAAAUAAAGUCUAUUUUUGUACAGAUGUCAUUUUAAAUGUUCACUUUUAGGCCAAUAAUGUGUAGAUCGUUAACGAUGUACAGUAGCCGAGAAUGAAUAACACAUUCAAGAUGACGGCUCUCGUGAGGUUAGAAACGUUUGUGUUUUAGGUGCACUGUGAUUCAUUAAUAGAGAGGCUUUGGGCGGUCCGUUAAGCGACAAGCAUUGUAUUUUUUGCUGCGAGCUAUUGACGCGUCACAUGCAAACGUAGUACAUGUGUUUUAAUGUGCGUUGAAUAAACUGCCAAAAUAAUCGUU